CACAGAGAAGUACAGACUGAAUAUGUUCCUUAAAAUUAUAAUAAUUUUGUCUACAGCAGCCUGCGUCGAGGCUGAACGAAGUCAUACACUUUAUUACACCUAUGGAUGUUUUGACUCCAGUGAUACUCAAAUCUGUGCAGCAUUCGAUGGUGAUGAAGUAGGGUAUGCAGACUUUAAAAAAGAUCAGCUGAUUUGGGAGACCAGAAUUCCCAUAAGUUUUCGUUUUCCGUACGCUUACAAAUAUGCAGUACAUUUUCGGAGUAUGUGCAAAAGGGACUUCUCCAUGUGGAAGCCAGACGAGUCCGUAAUAAAGAAAAAAGAACCACCAGACUUCAUCAUCUACCCCAGAGAUGAAGUGAUAACAGGGGAAGAUAAUACCCUCAUCUGCUUCAUCAACCACUUCUUUCCUCCUUCGAUCAACAUUAAGUGGACCAAGAAUGAUGUAGAAGUAACAGUGGAAGACCCUUUCAUCAAAACUUUGUCCAAUCCUGAUGGGACUGCUUAUGUUUUGUCCUAUCUCAACUUUGUGCCAGAGAAAGGAGACAUCUACAGUUGCACUGUGGAACAUGAAGCACUGGACGAGCCUCAGACCAAGUUUUGGGAGGUUGAAACAGAUGAGCUCAGCAAAGGUCCAGCUGUCUUCUGUGGACUUGGCCUGAGUCUUGGAUUGCUUGGAGUUUUCAUAGGAACCUACUUUUUUUUAAAAGCAGGGCACUCUGGUCCCACUGGUUGAGAUGUAUAUUUUAUAGAGCUCAGAUUUCAUAAUUCUUAGUUUGUUUCCAGCAGGCAUAAGACAAACCUGAACUUUCCCAUAUUUUCAUCACUUGUGUUAGUUUGACUGAUUUGUUUUAAUCACUGUAGUAAAACUUCUGUUUUCUCAUUACUCAUCGUGUGCAGUA